CACACACAAUGUAUCUUAUAUAUAUUGUAUAUAGUACACAUACUUUCACAUGGCGGUUCUCUCUGAACCACUGUGUAAUGCUAACUUGAGCUUCUGGUCAUAGAUCCAGCAGAAGAAAGAGAUCAAGACCAAAGACGACGCAGUGGCCAUCGAGAUGUCUGACCUAGUGAUCUACUGUCAGUCACGCAGCAAAGACAAGGACAGCUUUGUGACGUACACAUUUACGGAGAUCCGCUCGUUUCCCGGAGAACAAGACUCCUGCUAAGAGCAAGUCCAAGGAGUUCCUCAAGUACAACCGCAAGGCCCUCAGCCGCAUCUACCCCAAACUCCAGCGCAUGGACUCCUCCAACUAUGACCCCUACCCGCUGUGGCUAUUCGGCUGCCACAUGGUGUCGCUCAACUUCCAGACAGCAGAUAAGUACACGCAGCUGAACAGCGCCCUCUUCAGUUUGAAUGGGCACACUGGCUAUGUACUGCAGCCUAAAAUGAUGAGGGAGGAGAACUACGACCCCCAGCACAAAACCGAAGUGAAGUUCACUAUCACAGUGCGGGUGAUUGCUGCCAGACACCUGCCCAAGCUAGGGCACAGCAUCGUCAGCCCCUUCGUGGAGAUCGAGCUGUGCGGCCAGACGGACGAGAGCAACUUCAAGACUACUGUCUGCCGUGAGUGGAGUCGGGUUGUGGAGCUGCUUUGCUGUCAUUUCAUUGACUUCUGAUGUGUUCACACAUUUUAUUUUUGAUGGAUAGUUGUGCAAGAUGUGUGUAUACCUUUCUGCUAUUGCUAAUGGUUUUCAACAUUUUUUCUUUUGUAGUUGGAUCUUUGCAAUCCUUUUAGAUAUUCAAGACUAGUACGAACAGUGAGACUAAGAGACAGACAGACAGACAGCAAUUGCAGGAAUAAAAUAAUUUUCAAAGCUGGGAAAGAUUUAUCUACAGAAAUUGUGUGUACUUUUUGGAAACAUGCCUAGGGUUUGCUGGGGUUCACUGUUACAUAUCAGUUAUCCAUUGCUGGGGUUCACUGUUAAAUAUCAGUUCAUUGUCGCAGUUCACUGCGACAUA